UUAAACCCUACGGAGACAGCAGCCUCAACGCCCCCGAACCAAAAACACAAGACACUGCAAACGACAUGUCGGGAAGAGAAGAAGAUAACGACUCGGACGCACCCGAAGAAUUUACAAACGAGCAGGGUUUGAAGCAAGAUGAAGAGAUAAGACAAAUCCAGAAAGAAAAUAAGGCCAGGUUUAUUCGUGAGGGAAAAGAAAGGCGCAGACAUUGGGCUCAGAAGAAAACACCGCGUCAAUCUGCAAAAAAGGUUGAGAAUGGCCAAGAAGAUGUAGAAACUGGGAUGGAUGAGGAGUCUCAGGCCAAGAAGGGGAUGCUUCCUACUAACAUUGUUGAAAUGCUUGCAUCUCGUGAAAAACUAGUUUUUUUAUCAGACUCUGAGGAUGAGAAGACUGAGGUAAAGCACACUUCAAGAAAGAAAAAAAAGAAAAGCUCAGGGUUAGAACCUGUUAUUUUGGAGGACAUACCACCUGCUCGAUGCUUGCAGAAUUCCUUGGAGUUCUUGAAGAAAAGGAAAAUGCAAGUUCCAAGGUCAUCUUCAGUUUUAAACUACUCCAACCAAGCACUUCGCCUUAAUUGUGUCCUCACUACUUCUGGGUUACGUGAAAGCUGUAAAAGAUUGUAACAAAGUUCCCUGGGGUCCUUCUAAACCUGAGAUCACUCUCAAACUUUCUAAAGGGGGAGGGAAAUUGAAAAGAUUAUUGAUCAGUGCCUGAAGCAAAUGAAGACAAGAAGGAGUUGCCUCGUAUACAACAGCCCCCUCUUGAUGAAUUUCAUGAUGUUUUUUCCAGAAGAUAUCCUAUUCCUACCUGAUCUUCCACUUCCAACUUCGGGGUUGUUAAUUUGGCCUAUUGCAUGACAAACUUUUUGGCAGGUCCUUAAUUGUUUGUGUUAUGUAAAAUUAUUGAAUUUGUCUGCAAUUGUUUAGUCUAUAGUCUGGGAGAACAGUAUCAUAUCAAAAAGGCUCUACUUUUGCUUGGUACAAGGUCCACUGGCAUCUCCCACCCAUAACUUGAAUCUUGAGAUAAAGAAGCAAAGUGCUGGAUCCAUUACAAGCGCCACAUUUGGUGACCGACUCUUGGAUAUCAGCAAUGUGCCUACUUUUCAUUGGUGGGCUUUGCUUUACAUCUCUUCGGUCCUUUAUAGUAGUUUUAAUCGUCCUGAACAAAUCAAGAUCCAUUCAACGUUCUCUUAUAGUUGUAUCAAAUUGUAGCUUGUCAGAAUGGAUUUUAAAACGUUAAUGGGAUUAGCAAUUUCACUA